CGAGGCGCCGAGAGCGGCAGGCGGCGGCGCGGCCGGAGUUGCAGCAGCGGCGGCGCGGACACCGCAGCCUCCCCGAGCCCGAGUCCCGGCGGGGGCAGCAGCCCCGAGCGCCCGGCCGCCCCGCCACCGCACCCCGGCUCCGCCAAGCCGCUGUCGCCGCGCCGGGGGUGGGGGGAGCUCCCGCCAUGGCCGCGCCGCCCGAUCCCCGAGACGAGCAGCUGCCGCCGGCCGGCCCCGGGUCCCACUGGGUCGGGGACCGGGGGGAGGGGGAGGCCGAAGCGGUGACGCCGAAAGGGGCCACGCCGGAGCCGCGGGCCGGGGAGCCCGGCCCGGGGUUGGGCGCCACCGGGGCUGGCGAAGCGACGCCGCGGGGACCGGGCUCGGGCCCCGCCCGGCCGCCGCCCGUUGCCAUGGAAACUGCAUCCACAGGUGCCCCAGAUGUUUCCAUGGACCGAACCUUUUCAGCUGAGCCAAAAGACGGGGAUGGAGCGUGCUACACGUCUCUGAUUUCUGACGUCCGUUACCCGCCUCAGGAGGAUUCCACGUAUUUCACUGGCAUUCUUCAGAAGGAAAAUGGCCACGUCACCACAUCAGAGAGCCCUGAGGAGUUGAGCCCCCCGGGGCCCCCCUUCCCGGAUGUGCCUGGGACGGAGCCUCCUGGUUUAUUUAGUUCUGAUUCUGGAAUAGAGAUGACUCCUGCAGAAUCCACUGAAGUGAACAAGAUCUUAGCAGACCCCCUGGACCAGAUGAAAGCAGAUGCCUAUAAGUACAUUGACAUAGCCAGACCAGAGGAGGGGAAAUGCCAGGAGCAACAUACCCCCAAGCUCGAAGAGAAGAACUUGGACUUUAAGAAUGAGGACCCUGAAAUCUCAACGAAGUCCAAAGAGGCCCGUGAGCCUGAGAAGCCUGCUCCUGUGGAGGGGAAAAUCCUCAAGGACCAUUUAUUUGAAGAGUCCACUUUUGCCCCUUACAUAGAUGAUCUCUCAGAAGAGCAGCACAGUGCUUCUCUGGUCACUGCCCCCGUCAAAAUCACGCUGACUGAGAUUGAUCCUGCCAUUGAAAUGGCUUCCCAAGAGCAGAGCCCCGAAAAGCAAGAUAUUUGCCUGAAACCAAGCCCUGACACAGUCCCCACUGUCACUGUCUCAGAGCCUGAAGAUGACAGCCCAGGAUCGGUCACUCCCCCAUCUUCUGGGACAGAACCAUCUGCCGCGGAAUCCCCGGGGAAAGGCAGCAUCUCGGAGGACGAGCUGAUCACUGCCAUCAAAGAAGCCAAGGGGCUGUCCUAUGAGACCACCGAGAGCCCAAGGGCCACGGGCCGCGGGGCCACCAAGCCCGAGGCCAAAGCCAGGUCGGGGCUGCCCACCAUCCCAAGUCCCCUGGAUCACGAGGCCAGCAGCGCAGAGUCGGGAGACUCGGAGAUCGAGCUGGUGUCCGAGGACCCGCUGGCCGCCGAGGACGCGCUGCCCUCGAGCUACGUGACCUUUGGCCACGUGGGCGGGCCCCCGCCGUCGCCGGCGUCGCCGUCCAUCCAGUACAGCAUCCUGCGCGAGGAGCGCGAGGCCGAGCUGGACAGUGAGCUCAUCAUCGAGUCCUGCGACGCGUCCUCGGCCUCGGAGGAGAGCCCCAAGCGGGAGCAGGACUCGCCCCCCAUGAAGCCGGCCGCCCUGGACGCCAUCCGGGAGGAGCCGGGAGCCCGGGCCGAGGAGGGCAUGUCCAGCCCCCGGGGCCUGGCCCAGCAGGGUCCCGUCCACACCUUCCCUGCGGCCGCUGCCCCCCCGGGCCGCCCGGAGCCGCCAACUGCAGAGGCAGCCCCGGCGCCCGCUGGACCCCCAGUGCCACGGAAAUCUGACGACGCGGCCAUGACGUCCACCUCGAGCCCCGUGGCCGCGAAGGGCCCAGAGCCACAGGGGCCUGGGCUGCCGCCCACUCUGCUGUUUCUCAAUAAGCAGAAAGCUAUUGACUUGCUCUACUGGCGGGACAUCAAGCAGACUGGGAUAGUGUUUGGGAGCUGCCUGCUGCUGCUCUUCUCGCUCACCCAGUUCAGCGUUGUGAGUGUUGUGGCCUACCUGGCGCUGGCAGCGCUCUCCGCCACCAUCAGCUUCCGCAUCUACAAGUCUGUUUUACAAGCUGUGCAGAAAACCGAUGAAGGCCACCCGUUCAAGACCUACCUGGAGCUGGAGAUCACCCUUUCCCAGGAGCAGAUUCAGAAAUACACGGACUGCCUGCAGUUCUAUGUGAACAACACGCUGAAGGAACUAAGGCGGCUCUUCCUGGUCCAGGACCUGGUGGAUUCCUUGAAGUUUGCAGUCCUGAUGUGGCUCCUGACUUAUGUUGGCGCACUCUUCAAUGGCCUGACCCUGCUGCUCAUGGCUGUGGUCUCAAUGUUUACUCUACCUGUAGUGUAUGUUAAGCACCAGGCACAGAUUGACCAAUACCUGGGACUUGUGAGGACCCACAUAAAUGCUGUUGUGGCAAAGAUUCAGGCUAAGAUCCCAGGAGCUAAAAGGCAUGCUGAGUGAACAGACACCCCACCGGGGACUGGACAUACACAAGAAUGUCUGCCGUGGUAACAGCUGUUCUUACAUGUUACUGCAAAUUGAUUGUUUCUUUCCCUACCCCAGUACAAUAAUCUUAGCGACAACCUUUAAAACAGCUGUUUUUAGGCUGUUUCUGUACUCUUAGGAUAUUUGAGUCACUUGUGUCAAGCACUAAAGUAUAGAUAAAAGUGUAUUAGAUGUGGUUUUUAAUUUCGUGUUGCUUAAAAAAAAGUGCAUGAUGGUGAGAGCCCAAGUUAUCUUUCCUUCUUCAGUGUUCUUCUCCUCCUCUCUGCAAUGCUCCUGUAGCUUCUGAUGUUCCCUGUGGCUAGGCCUUUCCUGCCGAGUGCACUGACGCAAUAGUGAAAAUCGCUUCCAUGUCCUUGGGUUGCUGGUUGGAUUAAUCUUUAAUAACAAUAUAUAGAAUUGUAAACUGAUGUUUUAGUGUUUUUCUGACACACACACAACAUAAAAAUGAAAACAGUUGACUGUCCUUAUGGUAAUCAGUUUUGUACAACUUAAAUAAAUGAAUAAACCUCAAACCAACACGCAGUACUUUUGUUGUGUGGGACUGAUGGGCUGAUUUACAUGUAUGGUAAUUAAAAAGUACCAGCAUGUUCACUUUAUUACAAUUUGUAUUACUUACGCUGUAGUUCCUAAUGGACUUAAUUAUGGACUCGAUAUUUGCACUUAUGUACUUGAUACUGAAUGCAUAAAUAAAUGUUACUAAAUGUA